AUGGCGAAUGUGACAGAAGGUGGAAACUCCACUUUUUGUAAGACACGGAGUUCCCUGGAAAUAGCUGGAAUUAUGAUCGCGGCUGUGAAUAUUCUUCUUUCCAUCACAGCAUCUCUGGGGAACAUUCUAAUCCUGAUUGGCCUUCGCAACGUAUCUUCCCUUCAUCCACCAACAAAACUGAUGUUUCAAUGCCUGGCGAUCGCUGAUCUUGGCGUUGGUCUUAUUCCGCAGCCACAAAUGGUCUUUAAGCAACUGAACGUUUACAAACAUGUGGACUCUUCUGGCGCUUUUGGGAUUAUUUUUUGUGGAGUAUCGUUUUUCACAGUAACUGCCCUUAGUGUGGACAGGCUACUCGCCCUAUUGCUGGGAUUAAGGUACAGGCACGUAGUAACACUGAGACGAGUCCGUGCAGUUAUUGCUUGUUCUUGGUUUACUACUUUUUUGCUUGUGUUGGUCUGGAAAUUGAGAAGAAAUACUGCCAAUAUUAUAAUAAUCAUUUUAAUAACACUUUCUCUCAUUAUCUCGCUGUUCUCUUACACGAGGAUCGUCCUUAGACUUCGGCAUUAUCAGUCCAGAGUACAAGACAAUGUCCAACAAGGACAAGCGAACAUAGGAGGAAUUCCAUUGAACUUAGAACGAUAUAAAAGGACUGUUGUAAGCAUAGCUUUGGUGCAGUUGGCAUUAGUUAUAUGCUAUGUUCCAUUUCUUUCUUUUCUUAUAGUAGAACAUCUGAAUGUCUUUCCCCGUACUGGUAGCCUUUAUCACCUUCGAGACUCAACCGCAACUCUCCUUUUCCUUAACUCAUCUUUAAACCCGUUCCUGUACUGCUGGAGGAUCAAAGAACUAAGACAAGCAGUGAAGGCCACAAUCAAAAGGUUUUGCACAUGUCAGUAA